AUGGGACCAGCAGAGACACCCUCCUCGCCCGCGUUCCCUACCCUGGACCCCAUCAUCAUGGACGACGAGAUGGAGUCCACCUUCCGCGACGCCAACAUGGAUUUCCUCGACCCAUCCAAACUUGAUAUGCCCUCCCAGUCCGCUGGAGGAGACUUUGACGAUCUGUUCUCCCACGUCACCCACUCCCGCUCCAACGUGGUCCCGGAGUCCUCGAAGCGCUACCGCGACCAGAACCCCCUGAGGCAACAACCAGUUUUGACGGCCGAUUCUCCUGCAGAGUCGCCCGACAACUCGAGUCGCAGUUCGUCCUCGGAAUCUCCACGAAACCACUUGCGCCACGCCUCGAUCGCAUCCACCAACUCCGCCGCUCACAGCGAAAACCCGCUAGUAUCGACAGGAUUUGCGUCGGAAGACUGGAUGCGCCCCGAUCUCUCGUCCGUUAAAGAAGAAUCGCCAUUCACGAUAGAUCCGUCAUACCCUAUGGAUGGCGGCAUUCCCAUGGAUCACCCCGAUCUGGAGUUUAGCAACAAGGCAAUGGAUGCCGCGUUCGACUUUGAGAGCGCAGCAAGCAGCCCCAGUCCGUUGAAGACAGAGAACCCCCCUCAACUGAACGGGCGCAAGAAGUCGAAACAACAGAUCUGGAGUCCGUCGAAUGCUUCGGCUGUACAUAAUUCAAAUGAUGGACAGACCGCAUCUUCGGUACCCCAGAGUGGAUCCACAUUCUAUCCGUUUGGAUACAAGGAACAGUCUCCUUUUGGAGGUCAAUUCCCCAACGGCACUGACAGAGUUUCGGCACCCCAAUGGUCCGGUCAAUCUCCGUCAUCAUUGUUGGAGGAAAGCUUUGGGGGCAUCAAUAUGAAUGGACAGUCUCCGAUGAAUACCUCCAUGUCGCCCAACAUGAACUUCGGCUCACCCAACGCGUUCCCAUUCUCGGCCAACUUCGCAUCUUCCCCAGCUCAACCCCAGAUUGAUGCCGCCAACUCGACGCAGCCCGUGUUGACUGUGCAUCCAACCUCCCUCAAAUCGCGUGUCGAAACGCAGAUCCCCAUUCGAUUGACUCUUUCUCCGCUGCCGGCCGGCGUCAAGAAGCUGCGCCUCCCCUCUCACACCAUCUCCAAACUUAAAUUCCUCGCCCCUCCCUCCACCGAAUCCACCCCUGACACCCUCCAAUUAUAUACGAGUUUGGUGUGUACGAGUGCAAUGCAGGACCGAGACAAGCUGAAACGGGCAUUUGCACGGACACGAGGCGAAAAGAAUUCAACAGGCACAAACGGAACGGAGGAAGACCGACCAUUGGAUGGCGGAGACGUGAAGAUCUGUACUGGCUGUAUUCAACGAGAGCGGAAGCGUGCUUCUCGGAAGAAGCAACGGAAACCCGAAGAGGACGAGCUUUUCCAGAAAGAUGAGGAGAAGCGUGUCAUCGUUUUCAACACCAGCGAGAUCAAGGAGUGGACCGAGCCACCAAAAACCGCUGCCGCUGGUUACGGCGAAAUGCCUCCGGUUCCUCCGGGGUCGAUGCAGGUUGAACUACCCAUGCGAAUUGCUUGCUACUGUCGACAUCAGAAUGAGAAGUUUGGAUUCCAGGUCAUCUUUACUGUUAAAGAUCAUUUGGACAACGUUGUGGCCCAGGCAAUCACCAACUCCAUUAUGAUUACGGAUGACCACAAGACACAAGCACCUUCCGCUCCCCCAGCAGCUGGUCCUUCUCCAUCUCUACCAGAUGGAAUUCAACUGCCGGGUUCACCAACCGACCUUCAGGGCCUCCAGCAAAGAUUCAAUUCCCAGUAUCAACUUACGCCGAGCUCGUUUGCUGCUACUCAGAACGUCACCAAUGGUGUAUCGUCAAAUUCCCAAACGCCCCGAAGCCUGUCGAGACAAGCAUCGCCUACGGACUUCCAGGGCCCGCAGACAAAGCGACGGAAGCACAGCAGCUCUGGCCGACUCCCCUCGGAAUUGACGAUGACCCGAAUGGAGACUCCUCAGUCAUCUAGCUCGGCCAUGAAUAGUGCUGCACAGCUUGCGGCUGCUCGUGGCUUCGCCUCGCCCACUGAGCGGCCAUUUGUGACCCCCUCGUCGAUGUCUGGACAGUACGGAAACGGACCUCCCACGCCGAACCAGAGCAAUGACAAUAACCCCUUCUUCAACCCGACGCCUGCUCAACGACAGAGUCUGGAUAGUCUGGCUCAACAGAACCUCGUGUCCGCGCCUAACUCCGCCCAACCCAGUCGUCCUGGCACUCCGGGGGCAUCAAGUCGUAACGCUUUCCAGGAUCAGAAUCUUGCGCUUGCGCUCGGUGCCACUUCUGCGAACCAGAUCUGGCCUUCUCUUGCAACUACACCUAACCGGCUGCCUUCUGUAAUUCACAAAUUGGUCCCUGCCGAGGGUUCAAUCACUGGAGGUACAGAAGUCACAUUGUUGGGAAGUGGUUUCUAUCCCGGCAUGGAGGUGGUAUUCGGCGAUACGUUGGCAACCACUACUACUUUCUGGGGUGACAAGUGUCUCAACUGCCUCACUCCUCCUGCUCUGCAGCCAGGAUUGGUAUCGGUGGUUUUUAAGCACGAGCAUCCUACUUUUGGACAGGUGCAGCAGCCCCAACCACUUAUGCCCAAACAGCAACUUUUCUUCCGAUAUGUGGAUGAUCGGGAGCUCCAGAUGUAUCGUCUGGCUCUCAACAUUCUUGGACAGAAGUUGGGUAGCCAAGCGGAUGCGUUCCAAACUGCUCAGCAGAUUAUGGGAAGCGAUCCGAAUGCUAUCUUCAAUAUGCAGAAGGACAUGCAAGGUGGUGGUUCCUCGGGCGGUCACCAACGCCAGGUGCCCGGACAUGAGUCGCAAGGCAAGUUUAGCGAUCUUGACUCUAAGAUGCUGACUUAUCUCGAGUACAUUGACCUGGAUGACAACCCCCGGCCACCGCGCUACAACUCUCGCAGCGCCACUGGCCAGACCCUCCUUCAUUUCGCGGCUUCAUUGGGCCUGACUCGAUUUGUCGCGGGGCUGCUGGCUCGUGGUGCCAAUCCUGAUGUGCAGGACAACACUGGCAAUGUACCUAUGCACCUAGCUGCUCUUCACGGCCAUGCUCACAUCGUCAACCGACUCCGCCUGGCAGGCGCCAAUGCCAAUGCUCGCAGUGUGCGUGGCUUCACCCCUGCGGACUUGGCGACAACCCUCCCUGCCCACCAGGCUGCUCUGCUGCCAUCCCGCCACUACCGCUCCCGCAGCGUUGGAUCCCUUACAUUACGCCGGAGACACAGCAGCUCUGCUUCUCUCAAUUCACUUUGGGAGGCGUCGUCUGCAUCGGGCUCUUUGGGUCAUGCUGUCGAUGAUUCAGAGGAGCUUGAUGACAGUGAAGACAUGGACACCGAUGAUUCCGAAACUCCUCUCUUCUUCAGCGCUUCCCGGCGGUCGAGCAUGCACCAAGAUGCCAUCCCGCCCAUUGUAGACGCUGGCGAGCAGCGCGCUGUACCCGACGCUCGCGGAUUCACUACGGCAGCAAUCGUUGCUUGGCGUAAUCACCUCGCGGGUCAGAUCAACCAAUUCCAGCAGAGCGUGGCUAAUGCCUUCCCCAACAUACCUGCAUUGCCUCCCAUGCCUGCUAUGCCUACUAUGCCUGCCAUGCCCGCUAUGCCGGACUAUCAGGCCAAUCAAAUGAUGCGUCGCAUCACCAACCUCGUACCUCAUCGACCCACGGCUCGGGACGGAUGGUGGGAUCUGCUGAAGGGCAACACCGCCGUCCCUAACCAAAAUCAGCCGCCUUCUUACGAUGAAUUGUAUCCGCACCAGCAAGACGACGCAGAAGCGACCGAAUUGAAGAAGUCGUCUCUCCUGCGUGCUGCAACGGAGGCGGCCGUGGAUCAACACUUUGAGGCACAAAGCAGUCUCCCAUCUUCAUCGACAUCAACAGCGGCUGCUGCGUUUGAGCGCAGUACCCAUGCAGUCCAGGAUGAUCUCAAAGAUAUCACUAUCGGCCGCAAGGUCAUUUCACGGGAGCAACAGAAGCAUCUCCGAGAGCACCAGGCCCGCCGAAUGAAGGGCCUAGGCAGCGACCGGAACCUUUACUUCAUUUGGAUUCCUCUUCUGCUUCUAGUUAUUUGCGCUUGGGUUCGGAAUUACGUGCCCGGGAUCUGGCAAGGCGUCACGGACAGCUAUGACUUUGUGAAGGCUCGCUAUACACAGCGGGCUGUGGGAUUGGGCAUUUAG